CGAGGAUCAAUCAGAUCGGAUAAUGUGGUAUUGUUCUUGCAAAGAACCCUGGACAAGCUUCAUACAAGCAUGCACUGAGUUGUACCAAAGUAACUAAGUUUUACUGCUUAAUGAGAAACGUGGGGCGUUCCCGCCAAGAACUGUGAUGCAAAUACCUACCUUAACCAAGUAGCAGCACUGGUCCAGGCAAAAAAACAAAAAAACAAAAAAAGUUGGAUAAAGCGCCCUCCCCAUGGCAAAAGAUCGUUGACCUUACUCAUUCAUCGGAGCUGGAACUUGUUGCAAGCUCUUGCAAUGACCCGCCUCCCAUCACAUCAUACCAUAUUUAGGUACGGCCCAAGGUGAUCAACCUUAGGUACUUGACUUAUUUUGUUUAUCUAGUCCAGCCAUCCCGUCUUUUUUGAGAAUUACGACAACAACUCCCUUGAUCCUUACCAUAUUUUUCUUCUUCUUAUUCUUUCUCCUCCACAUCACCCCUCACACGUGCUAAAACACACAACUAACAACAAUCUUGGGACGACUCUUUACCGUUGAAUCUCCCAAAUCUCUUAAUCGUCUUCUACUUGUCAAAGCGAGUUGCAUAAAAUCAUUUCCAGUCAACUAUAAUUUAUACGUGUCACAGUCAUUGCCGCGUACCCCUUCCCCCCGUCCUUCCCGCACGCACGGCUUUUUCUGUUUUGUUUUUACUCUCGGACUAUUAUACUGUCAAACGUUAUAGGGUUCUUCUCUUGCCCACUAGUCAAACUAAACAGGCCCCGACAAGCCUGUGCUGCUGUGUGAAUAGCCCACCAGAAGUCGUCCGAACAAUCCGAACGUCUCGGGUCACGAGACUCUCCCCCACCUCCGAGUCAAACAACAAAAAUCAGGGAUUCCUCCUUCUCAGGCGAGAGAAAAGUCUACUAUUUAGGGCGCCUCCUUUCAACAUGGGAGCAAAGGCAGGAAUAGCGCUAAAGACCUUGCAAUGGUUCAACCGGGGCGUGCAGUUCCUCUGCUCCGGUCUCAUCCUGGGGAUAUUCUCAUACUUUCUGGCAACAUUUGCCAGCCACCGACUUGAGUCGCCAACAUGGGUACGUGCCGUUGAGGGCAUCAGCGGUAUCGCCGCCCUGUACUCGGGGCUGGCCCUGGUUCUGCUGUGCUGUCUUGCCGGUCGUAAGUUUGUCGCGUUCCUUGCCAUCGUUCUAGAUGUUGCGUUUGUGGCCGCAUUCAUCUACGUCGCUGUGCAGAACCGAGCAGGGACUGCGUCUUGCAACAGUGGUGUAGAAAACACGCCUUUUGGAUCAACAACCAACUCGAACGCCAGGAUCUCCGAUAACGGAGGCCCAACCUUUUUCACUGUUUGCAAACUACAAAGUGCAUGCUUGGCUGUGUCUAUUGUUGCAAUUUUCUUCUUCAUCUUCUCGGCGGCAACUGAAGUGUUCCUAGCACGCCACCGCCACAAGGAGAACCGCUUCGGCCCCAGCCCAGCAAAUGACUACACGUCAGGCUACGGCAAGAAGAAGGGCUUCCUGGGCUUCCUCAAGCGCUCCGGGACGACCAAGACCAUGAAAAACGAGGAGGACCCGAAUGCCCUGCCGGCUCACGCCACACCGGCCGACAUGCGAGAGCCUGUCGACCCCCCGAGGGCCGCCGACCCCCGCGUCAGUUACGCCACGGAGACGACAGCCGUUGGUGACCAGCCCGGCAUGGCCCACCACGCACACGGCGGCGACAUGGGCGGCUACCGCAACAAAUAUGGCGACGAUGACGCCCUGCCCAUGAACCCGCAUCGGCCGAUGCACAACCCCUACGACAACAGGACUUACGGGAGCAGCCCAUAUGUCAACAGUACGCAUACCGCCUCUGGGGGCCUCCAUCCAGGGAACAACUUUUCGCGUCCCAAGACGGCGGAGAACGGUGGUAGGGGCCAGAUGCCGAGGAACUACCAGUAUUCUGAUGGUGUCUAUGAUGCAUGAUUCUGAAUCAAGUUUAAAAUUGAAAUCUUUUUAAAAGCGAAUAUGGUCAUGGGAACAAUGGAUAGCGUGAACAGGACAUUGUCACAAGCCAGGCCGUGGUGUGUUUUGAUUUUGACUAAGAUGGUCAAGGUUGUACUAUUUUUCCUGAAUGAAAUCAAGUUAUGUAUUAUGUCUUUUAAUACAGAGACGUUCGCGUU